GAGCAUCCGACCCAGAGCGACACGAUACCAUGUUCGAUCUCAGGUCAGUCAGAGCGUCUUCCGUUCUGACGUAUACUGUUGUCCUACACAUAGGACGCUUCAUUCCAGCAGCAUGAAUGAUGAACUCCCGUCCUACGACCACGCCGUAAGCCGCGACCACUGGAACCUCGUGGCGAGAUAUAUCAGGUCCCGCGAUCUGUGUGCUGCCGUACUCGUCUGCAAGGAAUGGUAUAGAAUACUCCAGCCUCAUCUCUGGGGCAGUCCGGCAUCACACUUUGGCAUCGCCAACGAUGCCGCGUACAUUGCUCUCACCAGAUUCAAACGAACACUGUCAUGGGCCAGUCUCUCGACUCGCUUACUGACACAUACACUGCGUCUUCCACCGGCUCAUGCGGAAAUGUACGGAGGACCGCAUUCAGACUGGCUGCGAGAUGUUCUCGAGCGUCUACCGCGACUGCAGGCUCUGAUCGUCCGUGCAGUGCCAUUCUUUGAUCACUCGGCCUUGCACACGGUUCGUGUGCCGAGUUCGAAGAUUCAGGGGUUCUUUCGGAACGUGCCGCCUUCGUACUCCCUCCGCCUGCUUGAUGCCUCUGCAACCCCUAAUGCCACGUCCUCGGGACUUGCGACGCUGUUGCGCCACCUGAAAGGGCUCGUGUAUCUGGAUCUUUCACGGACGCUUGCGGCGAAGGAUGUGACGGUGUUUGAGUCGCUGAGGGAGCUUUCAUCUCUCAGGAUUCUGAAAUUGAGACAGCUAGGGCUGAGAGACGAGGAUAUCUCAACCAUAGCCCAAGCUGUCCGUACAAGAGUCGCGUCUCUUGAUCUCAGGGAGAACCGAAUCACAGAUAUCGGCGUGGGAACCCUGAUACAGCAUUGUAUUCCACCGGGACGACACAGCUCGGAGCCCCAUCUCUAUCUCAGCACGUCUCACGCACAGAACCCAUGGCGCGGCAAAGCAUCUCUAGAUACAGAAGUAGCGCGUACGCUCACAACCCGCACGGUAGGACCCCUCGCAAUCGAAGAGGAUCAAAACAGCGGCAUCAGCGAAGUCUACAUGUCCAACAACCCGAUAACCCCCGACUCUGUAACCGCCUUGCUGGAACAGGACCUCCGCGUCCUGGACGUCGGAAGCGUGAACACGAGAAACAACCUCCCAAGCACCAUCACGAGACCAUCUCCAGACGACCCAACCAACCACACUCCACCAGCCUCCCACCCCAUAACCCACGCCCUAAGCCCAACAACCCCCUCCCGCCUCCGCUCUCUCCGCAUCCACCACACCCUCAUCACCACAAACACAAACAACCGAACCAGCCUACACCCAUCCCACCUCCCCCACCUCCCCCACCUCCACACCCUAACCCUAACCAACAUCCCCCCAACCUCGCCAGACAGCUCCAUCUCCACAACCCUCAUCCGCCUCAUAGAAUCCUGCGCAGCGAAACUGCAAAAAGCACAGCUAGAAGCAACAUCAACAUACACCCUCCCACCAGGCCGCAACCGCGCCCUCGCCGAGGCAGAAUACGCCGCUUCGCAAUUCGCCCUCGAGCACAUCGUGCUAGAGCUAGCGGACGAGGACGAGGACGGGGACGAGGACGGGGUGAAGGCAAGGGGGCAGAAUGCCGCCGAUCCUCGUUCCGACGCAGACGAUACCUGGACCCAGAAUAAACAGCACGGAAUGUCAUCAGCCACGCAAGACCCCGACUCCGACGCCCUGUGGCGCGCAGCCGCAAACGACUUUUCGUUCUUCGGCGCCGACGACACUGCCGCACCACCUCCUCUCGCCUCCCGGCAGCGCAUCAAGCAUCCACUCUUAUCCAGCUCUCCGGAACACGCGACGAUUGAUACGGUAGCUGUGCUCUCGGCGUUUCGGAGGGAGCGUAGGGCUGUGUUUGUGGAUGCGGAAGCGGAAGCGCGGCGGAAAGGGGGGGUGGUGGGGUAUGUGUGUGGGUAUUGGCCUGGUGAGAUUAGGGUUGUGCGGGGGGUUGGGAGUGCUGGGGGUGGGCAGCGGGGUGGGGGGUAUGGGGGUGGGUGGUGA